AUGGUACUGAGGUCGCCCAAGAAGAUGUCCCACACAGCGCCCAAUCCACACUCACCAACUAAAAGCUCCUCCAUCGACGAGAAGAGCACCUCCAGGGCCUCUUCUUCACCGCUCAAUCACAACCCUAACAACCGAUUAAAGCUGAUAUGUGCCGUUCCAAGAGGGCGUCAUCCUGCUGCAACUCAUGGAAGCGAGCGUCACCGUCCUUGUCGGAAAUCAGACCUUGCCAUAGCUGCGCAAGCUUCAGAAGCAGUUGCCAAGCUGUUCAAGGAGCUUAGUGGGGGCGAUAUUGCUUUCGAAGUAGAUGACAGCUUGGGUGAUGGUGUUGGUGGUGUUAGAUUUAUUAGUGGUUCGAAACGGAUAACGCUUGACAAUACGCUGGACGAGAGACGAUGUCAUUGGAAGAUAGGAUGUCACCCGAGAUCAGAAAGGUCCUCCUCGGUAUUAAUGAGAAUCGCAAGUUUUAUACAUUGA